AUGGAGGGGAGACGUAGUCGCGGAUGUGGAGCUAGUCGGGGCCGUGGGGUUAGGCAAGCUCAAGAACCAAGAAAUGAAAGAGAAACAGCAGCUAAGCAAGAUUGUGGGCCGAGGGUUGAGGCAGGAGACCAAGUAGCGACGGCGAUACAACAAAUGACAAAUAUUUUAACGCGAUUAGUAGAUCAACAAGGCCAAAUACCGGUGAAUCAACCCCAGAAUCCCGAGAUAGGAGAGAAUAGGGCUCUGGAGCGGUUUCAAAAGUUUAUACCUCCUAAAUUCCUGGGAAGAUCUAAUCCAGAUGUAGCUGAACAGUGGUUUGAGGCAAUGAUUAACAUCUUCGCAGCCUUGAACUACACGGAGCAAAGACAGUACAAAGACUCAGAGAUUGAGGUGUCUGUAUCAACUUACAUCAACCUGUUCCAGCAUUUGACAUGGCUAGAUGACCAGCCUAAUUCGUUCGUGAAGUUCCUUUGCUUUGGUAGCUUUGGGUCUUUCUAUGGUGACCAACAAAAUGAGAUUGCACAUGCAAUUGAGCAUAGUGGAUGCCAGUUCUUGUGGUCCUUACGAGGUGCCCCACCAAACAUGUCUAGAGUAUGUGAGUAUGAAAAUCCUGAAGAAGACAUGUAUAAGUUGGAUCUUAGUGCUGGAAGUGCAUCAUUUGAAGUGCCAUUAGCAGUGUGGCCAAUGUAUGCUGAGCAGCAGAUGAAUGCCUUUUUGAUAGUUAAGGAUUUUGGCAUAGCUGCAGAGAUUAAAAUGGAUUACAAGAAUGAUAUUAUGAAUGAAAAUGAUGUUAUUGUGAAAUCUAUUGAAAUAGAGGAUGGAAUUCGACAAUUGAUGCAGCCAGACAGUGAAAUAAGGAGAAAGGUGAAAGACUUGAUGGAGAAGGAAUCUGUAGAGGCUGUAACAGACCCGAUAGUUUUUGAUGCUCAGCUUUCACUUGUUGGCAUGUAA